UCCAACCUCAUCCAUAUGAACCAUGUCAUUGAAAAAGAAAGUGAAACAAAAAUGAACAUCCUGAAUAUUCCUAUUGUUCUUAGCCCUACUGUUCAGAUCAGUAAUCGCAUACUGUACCUGCUUUUCACUCAUGUCAAAGAGCUGUUUGGGGAGAAAGAGUUAAAAACAGUCGUGAAACCACUUCGCUGGUCUAACGUGGCAACAAUGCCGGUCUUACCCGAGACACAAGAGAGUAUUAAGGAAGAAAUUUGGCGGCAGGAAUUCCUGUUGAAUUGUUUGCACAGGGAUUUGCAAGCUGGCAUAAAGGACUUAUCCAAAGAAGAGAGGCUGUGGGAAGUGCAACGGAUUUUAACAGCACUGAAGCGGAAACUUCGUGAAGCUAAAAGGCAGGAAUGUGAAACAAAGAUUGCCCAAGAAAUUGCUAGCCUUUCAAAAGAAGAUGUUUCUAAAGAAGAAAUGAAUGAGAAUGAAGAGGAAGUUAUAAAUAUUCUCCUGGCUCAGGAGAAUGAAAUCCUGACUGAACAGAAGGAACUGCUGGCCAUGGAGCAGUUUUUGCGAAGACAGAUUGCAACUGAGAAAGAGGAGAUUGACCGGCUCAGAGCAGAGAUUGCAGAAAUUCAGAGUCGCCAGCAGCAACAUGGUCGAAGUGAAACAGAGGAAUACUCUUCCGAAAGUGAAAGCGAAAGUGAGGAUGAGGAAGAGUUGCAGCUCAUCCUGGAGGAGUACAGGAUACUGACUUGCCUUGAUUUCUACCGGACCUUGCAACAGGAAGGGCAAUCGAUCACUGAAUUUCUUGCCGAACUUUGCACCAAGGCAAAGGCAUGUGAUUUUAAAACACAAUGCUGCGAAAAGUGCUGCCGGCAUGCAUUCAUCCAGCAGGCGAUUCUCAAGGAAUCAGAUGCCUCAUUGAAGAACGUGUUGCAUUGUGCUAUGAUGGCCGAGCUGCUGAGUAAAGAACUGCACGAAAUGGCCGGCGAAACAGCGUCAAAGCUCCCUCAGGAGGUGCAUACAAUUCGUCAGACUCGUCCGCAACGCCAGAAACCAGUUGAUCGACGCAGAGCAAAUCCGGAGAAGGUGGGACAGUUUCAGAAGAGCCGUUCCCCUGUGGGGGGAGGAUCGUAA